CGAUCAGUUGCCGUGAGAAUGAAGCCCGUGUGCGCUGCUUCCGCGCCGUAACUGAUAAACGCGUCCUGGCCGCUUUGAUCCGCUUGAUUGGCCGAUUCGUUUCGUUUUCGACUGUUCCUCAAGUCGCGACAGCGUGACGCCAAUAGUACCGCCCUUCGACUGCGGCGUUAUUUAGCGGCCGCGACUUCCGAUCUCGUCCCUUGUGUCACUAACCUCGCUCGACUACGUUCAUUCGUUCGAUCGCCUUUCUUCGACUACCACUUGCCCAUUCGCGUUGUUUUUCUUUCUCAGUAGAAAGCCUUGCCGCGGUGGUGCUUGAGCUCCGACUGAAGCCCGGCCACCGCUGGUCCUCAUGUUCGGCUUCUUCAAGAAGGGCGGCAAGCCGCAGCACCCGCCGCCGCAGCAGCAGCAGCAGCCACCGCCUGGCCAGCCCGGCUAUCCCCCCCCGGGGUACGCUCAGGGCGGCUACCCGCAAGCAGCGCCGCCCCCCGCGGGCUAUGGCGCACCAGCGGGGGGCUAUGGGCAGGCGGGGGGUUACGGCGGGGCGCCGCAGCCUGGGGCGGGUGGGGCGGGGAGGCAGCAGAUGUCGUUUCAGCAGAAGUACGGGUUCAUCCCGGACUCCUUCCACAGCAUCCAGCAGGUGCAGGAGAAGCUCCGAGAGGUGGGCCUGGAGUCCAGCAAUCUCAUCGUCGCCGUUGAUUUCACCAAGAGCAACGAGUGGACGGGCAAGUACACCUUCGGUGGGCGCUGUCUGCACGCCAUAGGCCCGCAGAUGAACCCCUAUGAGCAGGCCAUUCAGAUCAUCGGCGAGACGCUCGAGCCCUUCGACGAAGACAACCUCAUCCCCGCCUUCGGCUUCGGCGAUGCCUCCACGCACGACAAGGCAGUCUUCUCCUUCAAUCGCGACAACCGCCCGUGCCAGGGCAUAGCAGAGGCGCUCAGUCGCUACCGGACCAUAGCGCCGCACGUCAAGCUCUCAGGCCCCACAUCCUUCGCCCCGGCCAUAGAGGCGGCGGUGCGCAUAGUGGAGGAGAGCGGCGGGCAGUACCACGUGCUGCUCAUCAUUGCAGACGGCCAGGUGACGCGCAGUGCGGACGUGCCGCCAGGGCAGCUCAGCAAGCAGGAGCGCGCCACAGUGGACGCCAUCGUGGCCGCCAGCAACUACGCGCUGUCGAUCGUGCUGGUGGGCGUGGGCGAUGGGCCGUGGGACGUGAUGCAGGGCUUUGACGACCUGCUGCCCGCCAGGGCCUUUGACAACUUCCAGGUACUCACUCCCCCACCCAUCCCCUCCACCCCCAACUACGCGCUGUCGAUCAUCCUGGUGGGCGUGGGCGACGGGCCGUGGGAGGUGAUGCACGAGUUUGACGACGGGCUGCCCGCGCGCAACUUUGACAACUUCCAGUUUGUGGACUGUUCGCAGAUAAUGGCGUCUGCAGCGUCGCACGAGCAGAAGGCGGUGCAGUUCUCGCUGAGGGCGCUCAUGGAGGUGCCGCUGCAGUUCAAGGCGUGCAGCGAGAUGGGCGCGCUGGGCAAGCGCAUUGGUCGCAUGCCACCCACGCCACCCCUGCCUCCACCGCCGCGGGUCUUGGAGAUGGAUGCAGCUGCUGCCAUGGGCAUGGGGUACCCGCAGCAGCAGCAGCAGCCGUACUCCCAGCAGCAACAGCCGCCCCCCUACUACCAGCAGCAGCAGCAGCCAUACCCCGGUGCCCCUCCCCCCAGCUAUCCCUCCCCUCCCUCUGGCCCCACCGCUCCAUCAGCCCCGUCCGCCCCCUCUGCUCCCCCAGCUCCAGACCAGUUCUCUCAGCAGGGAGGGGGGUAUCCACCUCCCCAAGGCGGGUACAGCCAGCACAGUGGUUACCCCCCACAACAGGGGGGUUACCCUCCUCAGCAGGGCGGUUACCCUAAUCAAGCAAGUGGCUAUCCUAAUCCACAGGGUGGCUACCCCCUGCAGCAAGGUGGUUACUCUUCUUCGCAGCCAGGCGGUUACCCCCCUCAGCAGGGCGGCAACCCGCCACAGCAGGGCGGUUACUCGUCUCAACCAGGCCCCUAUCCACCUCCCCCGCAGCAAGGCUAUCGACCUUGACUCUAGUGCAGUCGUCACUUGUAUAACUUCUGUUUUGUUGGCUAUUGGUUAAUUCAAUAAAGCAUGGCUUUGAUC